GUAGUCAUUGUUCCCACAAACAGCCAAUCACGGAGCGAGCGCGUGCCGGCUGUCCGGUAUAAAGAGUGUCAGGGUUCAGCAGGCAGCAUGAACCUUCUUCUCUGGAGUUUGCGAGCAGAUCAGACGAAGUGUGACGUCAGGAUGCAGUCCGCCGGAAAGUCUUUGAAGGAAGCUCUGCUGUGCGCUCAGACAGACAACCGAAUCACGGUGGGAGUCCACGAGAGCGCCAAAAUCAUGACUGACGACCCGGACAGCGUGUCUUUCUGCGUCCUGGCCAUGGAUGAGGAGUUCGAGUGCGACAUCGCUCUCCAGAUCCACUUCACCCUCAUCCAGUCGUUCUGCUUUGACAACGACAUCAGCAUCGUGAGAGUGAGCGACAUGCAGCGUCUGGUGGAGAUCGUAGGAGACAAGGCGGUGCAGCUCGAAGACGCGCACUGCGUCCUCAUCACGAACCCGUCUGAUGGUUCUUGGGAGGACCCCGCUCUGGAGAAGCUGCACCUGUUCUGUGAGGAGAGCCGCCGGCUCAACGACUGGGUUCCAGAGAUCAGCCUCCCCGAGCGCUGAUCCGGAUCUCUGCUCCUCUCUGAUCAGAUGCUGCAAAGCUUCUAGUCUGGAAAUUGUCAUCCUGACGAGCAGGAUGACGCUGUUUCUGCUCAUCCCUGGAAACUCCUGAGGAGGAUUCCCGUCCAGGCAGCGUGGCGCCGGGCCCCCCUGGGGGCCCCUCGCGCCGUGACCGUCGCCUCUUGUCCCGUCCAUGCCAAGAUGACUCUCAUUCUUUAUGUGAACGAGGUCAGGUAUGCCACAAGAGCGACACAUCGACCCUCAUUCUUUGUGCGGAUGAGGUUUGGAGAGGAAGGAGAAGCGAGUUCUGCGUCCUGUGGGUGCCACGGAGCAAAGGUCGCACGUUGACGCGCACGCGCAGCAGGAGAAGAAGCGGUGCCGAGAAGAAGA